AAUGAAUGAAUGAAUGGGUGGUCCAAAGGCCAUAAAAGCUCUCUCGAUGACACAAAGACACGACAACAAAACUUGCCAAGUCACCACUGCGCCCUCCCUCCUAGCCUCAUGCCCCACCCACCACCCACACACUGCAGCCCCACCGCUCCACACACCCACAGUCGAUGGGUCGAUCGAUCACGACAGAAUGGCGUUGGUCCAGCCGUCGAAGGGUUGCCGACACAGCGGGCACUCGGGGGGCUGCAGGUUCUGCACACAUUGCUGGCACACGCAGAAGUGGCCGCACGGCUGCAAAACCACCGAUCUCUCCUGGGCGAGGCACACUUGGCAGUCGGUGCGCUCCUCCAUCUGCCGCUGCAUCUGCUCGCGGAACUCGGCCUGCUGCCUCUCGUGGGCCCUCUGUUGAGCUCUGGCGAUGAGCGACUGCAGCUGCGGCAGCUCUGUGGUGGUGAUGGCCGUCUGCCGGUCGAUCAGCUGCAUAGCAAAGCCGCUGAGAUCGUCCGCAGUGGUCAGCCCUUGGAAGGUCUCACUCAACCUGAAUGACACACCGACCAAAGCACAGGUGGUGCCUACCUUGAGAGGUGUGCCAUUGCUCUGUGAGUGGGUACGUACCUGUCGAUGUGAUUGCUGCGGAGCUGGUCAAUGUCAGCCUGCAGCGACCCGACGCUAGCUUGGAGGCUGGCGCACACAGGCAGCAGAACCAAACAGGGUCUGUAGGUCUGUGCAGGUUGUGUCAGCUGCCUGUCCCAUACAUACCUGGCGAUCUCCUGCCCUUGGGAUGCAGUUUCCUGUCUCAGCGAGGUAUUUUCCUGCCUCAGUGACGUCUCCCUUUGAGCAGCGGCCCUGACACAAAAUGAAGGAAUGAAAAAAAAACCGGUGUGUAAGUGUUGCACCGGGUUAGUACCUCUUGGCUUGCUCGAUGUGCCGCUGCAUCUCGGUGACCUGCUGCUGACGGGCAGACCUCUCGCGAUCAAUAGCGCUGAGCAGGCCAGCAGCACAGCUGGACAUGGCCUUGUGUGCGUCCUGUGGCUAGUGUAGGUAGACACCUGGUGAGUCGCUGGUGCUGUUGGCUGAGCUGCUGGCGGUAGACCUCAUUGGCCUUCUUCAUAUCGGCCUGGAGCCGCUCGUUGGCCGCGAGAGUGUCGGCGACAGUCUGCUCGCCGGCCGCCUGAGCCUCACGCAAACUGCACACAGCAACGAAGAAGGGCACAGUCAGCUGGAUGGAUGAAUGUGGUGAUGCAUUAUGUACCGCUCGAUCUCCUGACGGGCGGCAUGAGUCUCCUGCUGGAGAGCAUGAAACUGUUGCUGAAGGGCGGCCUCCCUCUCCAUCGACUCAUGCCUGCAGCCGGAUAACACAACCACAGCGGUGAGUCCUUGCUUUUCUUUCUUGUGUUUCCUCUCACCUCGACGCUUCGCUUUGCCGGUCUCUGCGCAUCAACUCAGCCUCGAGCUCAGCAAUCCUGACAAGACCAGAUACACCAUCACUGUGUGACCAGACACUUCCAGCAAUCGCCUCACCUGGCCCGCAGCGCCUCAGUCUCGUCUCCGCCACUCACACGACCGUCGUCACGACGCCCCGCCGCCCGUCCAUCGGUCUCUUCAGCCCCCUGGCCAGUCAGACGCCAGUCACCACCGCCACCAUGCCCACUCGCACCAUCAAUCGACAGAAGGUCGUCAACUUCACGCCCACCACCGGGCAGCGGGGGCAUGGAGGCGGUCGUCAGAGGAAGCAGCGGCCCACUGGCAGCGCUUACGGCGGCAGCAGAACCGGCAGCGACAGCAGCGAGGAGACGGGCAGGCUCGAGACCGUCAUCCCUCUCCUCUCCCUCCCCCUCACGCACCGAUGGGCUGCUGUCUGCCGGGAGAGAUGGCCCUGCUGCGGCCGACGGGAGAGGGCCAGACAAUGCAGCAGGGGCGUUCGAUGGUGUCUUGUUCUUGCGUCGUUUUUUCUUCUUGGCCUUCUUGCCGCCCUCGCCCCCCUCCUGCCCGCCCCCAUGCUGCUGCUGCUGGUCGUCAUCGCUGGAGAACUCCACACCGAGCUCUUUUCGGGCUGCGCGAGCACGCGCCUCGGCCCGCUUCAGCCGCUCCUGUGCUCUCACGUCGUCCUUGGGCGGCUGGUCGCCUCUCUUCUUGUCCUUUUCGGCCAUGCGGGCGGCCUUCUGCUGCAUCAUAUCGUGUUUGUGGCGCAGCUCGUCGCCCUUGUUCUCGAGACGGAUGCGCUUGUUCUCGAGGCGGAUCUUGAUCUUGUCGAUGUCGAUGCGAUGGUCGUCCGGAUGGGAAUCAGGAGACAUACCAGCAAUGGCCCUCUGAAGCGGCUCUGAAAGAGAAGAGAAGGCAGAGGCUGUCGGCAAUGUAGGUAGACGUAUUUGUUGGCGAUCUCACUAACCGAUCUCCUUCAGGAGCGUGCCCUUGGCAGCGUUGUUCCUGUUGAUCUGCUCGGUGAGGCUGGUGAUCUGGCGGUCGAUGUCCUUCUUGUCGGCCUUGGACGCGGCCGCCUUCUGGGCCCUCAGGUCGCUGACCUUGGUCUGCAGUGUCGACAGCAGGUUCUCGAUGACGGCAAGCCGCUUCUGCUUCUCCUGCAGUGCCUGCCUUAAGAAUGCAACAAUGACAACAAAGCAGAUGCCAGUCGGUCCGCCACUGCGCGCCUUUUCGUACUUGUGUCUGCGCGAUCUCGUCCUCUCCGUGAGGUGUGGGCCGUUGCUGCCCCGGCAGCCUGGUGGCUUCUGCACAAAACACAUCUCAUAUACAUAGUUUCCACCAUCCAACGCACCCUCACUCACCGUUGAGGGCGGCGCGUGCGACGUCGACGUCCUCUUGGGUGAUGUUGCUGAUGGCAGGGUCGUUCUUGAGGGCCUCGAGCUGGUCGACACAGUCGCGAUAUCGAGUGACUGAGACGUUUUCGGAAGCGCUAUCCGCUUUGGAGUCUUGGGAGAGGCGGGACAGGCUGUCGAGAUAAAGUUGCAGCAACGGGCCCUACUCGUGACCGUCUGCCACCACGCCAGAGGGGCAGAGGCGUCAUAGCAACUCGCAAAGGCGACCAGCAGACGCCGUUGUACAUCGAGCAAAUGCGAUGAGCGCGACAAACAGACCAAGGCACCUGCACAGGUGCAUAGACGGUCACACAGGUGCUCGCAGAGGUAGAAUAGUACCCCGGCCAGUUGCGCCUUCACCUGUGCGGAUGACCGGCUCUUCGUAGGCAUACUUCUUGUUGAUCUCCACGAUCACGCCAAUAACCGCUACAGGACAGGAGCUGGCAUUGGCGAGAGGCACAUCUGCAUUGGUCCACAGGGAUAGAAGGGUAGUUGCACAGGCCGACAUGCCCUCUUGCACAUGCACGUACGUGAGAGGUCCAGAAUGAAUGGUGAGCUGCUCCUGAUUUUCUUCUGCUUGGCCCGCAGUCUCUCCUCCCUCCUCUGCCGUGCCGCCAUCCGUCGGUCCUCCUCAGCUGCGUCAGCUGGCGGCGGCAGGCGAGCGUCGUCGGCUGCCCACUGACGCUCCUUGACAGCACGGGCACCGGCGAGCUCACUCUCACGCGCAGCAUUGGCCUUCUCGACGGCUUCGUGGACCAAUGAGGCAAAAUCGCCACUCGACAGGAACUGCCCGCCGAUGAGCUCGCCGAGCGGGACGCGUGCUGUGGACAAACACACAAAAAAGCAGAGAUCAUAAGAACGGAUACAAGACCGGAAGGGAAGGGUUUGACGUACAUGAGAAGGAAAGAUUCAAGAGUGAGAGUUCCGUCACUGCGAAGCGGAGGAAUGCCUCGACGACAGUGGCGGCCGAGCUAGCAUCCAGAUGGAGAAACCUGACGAGCCAAAGACGGGCUUACAUGCACACACGUGAGGGCAUGGGACCUACUUGAGGGCCUUCCGAUGGGGAUUGCUGUUGAGGCCAGUGUAAAUGUCCAUUCCGCCAAGAGUUUGUUGUAGUUGGGGCUCAGUGGCGCCUGCUGAGAGGAUGACAACAGCCGGGAUGCGCUGCACCCUCACUUCUCUGCCUCGACUGAAUGAGAAGGCGAUGGACCGACACAACACCGUGGAGAACAAGUCCUUUGCGGCUGCCUGUAGCGAGACAAUUGAACAUGGCCACACAUGUGACUCGAGGUGCGGUGCUCCGCUCACUGCGAAAUCGCGCGGACUGUCUUUCCCAAUGUCAGAAUCGGUAACAGUGAUCGAGCGGAGGUCCAGGGUAGUCAACGACCAGCGAGAGAGGCCCUGCACGCACGCACACGACCGUUUUGACGCCAACCACUCACUCACGCGUGUCACGUUGUCUCACCUGGAGUAGACCGAGGAAGGCAUCGAGCGGAGCAGAAGACAGUGGUAGCCCUAGGUCCCUGAGUUUGUUGAAGGGUCGCGCCUUCGUGACGUUCUCUCUGUCUCCCUCGCCCAUCCCUUGUCGCUGUCCCCCGGCUGAGCCUGUUGGGAGGGCAGCGGAUGAUGUGCUGGGGGUGCGUGUCACGUCAUGUGGCGAUGAUGAUGGCGGGAAGGCACUGUCAUUGCUGAUGUCGCCCUUGCUGUCUUGGGCCACCUUGAGCAGAGUGGCCAGCCGGUGGGUGAAUGCAGCGCUCAUCUUGGCAUUGGAGAGCUCCAGGGUCUGCAGUGAGGGCAGGCGGGCGAUGGCAUCGGCGAGUCGGAUGCAGUCGUCGUCGGGGAUCGCCUGCAAAUCCACAUCUGCACAGCACAUACCAUGUUGCGACAACCACAUUGCAGGGGGGUGGUCCGCCCACCUCUCAGUCUGAGAGCGAGAAGUCUGUCAGCUCCCUCAAGGAAGUAGACCAGGUCGGCGAUGUCGUCAGCUGUCGCUAAGCAUUUCCAGCAGAUCGACACACCCAGCGCCACAUCGCACGAGUACCUGAUGGAAAUAAUGCGAUAGCUCCGUUCCGCAGAAGGCUUGCGCAUCGUUGCUCUCCCGAACAUACCUGGCCAGUGCCGGCAUCAGACUCGCGUCGUGGGUCACGACGAUCUUAGGAUAUGGCGCCAGCAGCUCGCGAUUGGCAUACGAGCAGAUGCGGUCCGUCGAACGGACCGGGCACAGCCUAAACCAUACACACAAUCAGAACAACAGUCAGACACGCCGCCAUUCCAUGUCAUGUGAUAUAAUGUCAUGUGUAUGCCUCUUUACACGUUGUAUAGACUUGGGCAUGAAACCGCCAGCAUGGCAACCUGCUUGACAGUGAAGUUGAAUGGCCCUCCAAGACGGUAAAUGGUGUUGAGGACCCUCUUGUCCGACAAACAACGCACAAGGCCACUCUGAUAGACAUCGAGGCCAAAUGUGUCUUCGUUCGGGGAUUUUACAGCAGUUUGGUCUGUGUCCCUACCUACCUGUGUGUUCUGCUGCCGCACAGCCGCUGUCUGCGGGUCCUGCUGCGAUAAGACCCACCGAUCGAUCGCCAGCUGCUCCAAAGAACACACAUACAGAGUGAAAAGCAGUGAUCGAGUGGUACACAUAGGAGUACGGCAGACCUUGCGGCGACGAGUUUUGGCGAAGAGGUCCACCAACUGCUCCAACGCCUACAGGAUUACAAACACGCGGACGUGCUGCGUGUGUUGGCAGGCCACCGCACGGGAUCAUGUCAUCUCACCUCCCGAAAGGUACGGUUGCCCACUUCUGACGGGUCCGUGAGCGGCAAGGUGGACUCCAACUGAGCAUGAAGGGCACCACGCACCUCGGUCAGCGUGGUGGUUGUGUGGAGGAUCUGACCUGUAAAAUACGUUCGACGAUCGGAUUCUCUUUGGCCUUACCGCUCAUCACCUGUCGGUCACCAUAUCUGAUGCACAAAUGAAGACGCUUCUCUCUCGAUGGGCGCAUUCUGUGGCAAACGAGUGACAGACGCACCUGGCGAGGCUGUUCAGAACGACUAUUGCAUCGUUGGCAGGGCUGCCAAGGACGCGGAGGUCUUGCCUCGCGGCCCUCGACAGCAGGGGAUACAUGAGCUCAGCCAGACCGUCACACGAUGUGUACUGAGCAUACAAACGAAUACCGGAGGGGCAAAGCCUUACACAUUGUCAGAUCGCCACUGACCGUCUCACGAUUGAUUAUGUGUUCGAUCACAUGGAGAGAGUUUCCGAGGACGCCUGAUCCCCGCAUGCUAUCGCCCUCAUCGGUCAGCCUGUCGUUCUGCAAGAUGCUCAUCGUUGCCGGAAGGAAGCCCGCCUGCGCAACACGCUCGGAGUAACCACACUCUGACCACACACACACGUCAGGAGAAGCCACCGCGUAAGGGAGCAGAUGUUGUCAACAAUUAUGUCUCCUGGUACUCACCGGCAAUCACCAUCGGUGUGUGAAGGCACAUUCGAACGUCCUCAACUGUCCACUCAACAGCAGGGUCUUUCAGCGUGACAGCCAUCUUUCUCAAGGCAGGGGGCCUCGCCAACACGGCACGACAAAGGGACUGCAGGGUAGCACUUCCUGCAUACACACGUAGGCACACACAGAGUGGUGUGACGAAUCAGGGAGCCCCCUCUAUGUCCCAGUGACGCCCACUGGGCAGAUCAUCGGUCGAGCAACGCGCUCUAAAGCGGGCGGCUGCAAAGGCGACGCUGAUCGCCCGAAACGCCCUCGACAGGAUCAGCAGAUCAGUGCUGGUCGCCAUCGCCUCGAUCACCACAUCGAUAUGCUGGGGCAGGAUCGGCUCGAAUGCAGCUGAAUGGCACACACAUGCGCACACACACAGACACGUACACAGACAAACACACCAUAUGGCACACCUUUAGGGUCCAUCAAGAUGGUGGGCGCCACUUUGUGAGUGAUGUCGAAGACGCGCCCCGGCUGCAGCCCUCUGCCCACGGCUGCAUCCACCAUUACACCAAACAGCGGCAGCCACUCCACACCGUACCAAUAGUGCGUCUGAUGGAGCCGUUCGAGGAAGGACAUUGCCGCAGACUGAUGCGAUGGGUUGUCACGGUCACGCAAUAGCGCCACAACACCAGCAGCAAGGCUGCUCUCGGAUGGCUUGUGCAGGUCAGCAUCCAACUCUCCCCUUCCCGCUUGUGCCAUAAAGUGGAAAAGAUCGUAAGUAGGAAGGUUGCGCUUCGACUCAUCCAUGGCGGCCACCGAGUCGCUGAAUCGCCGCACUGACGCAUUAUCAGACGGCAGCCGCGGCACGUCUGUGAGCUUCUCCAUGUGUCGCACAAAGAGGCCGAUAUCACCAGCUACGAUAGCAUCACGAGCGGAGCACAGGCUGGCAGCAGCUGACUCAACGACUGACGGAUCGAUAGCUGCCGAUGGGUGCAGAGCUGGCACUUCAUCAUCCGAAGAGGAGGCCAGCACGCCGCCGAUUGUGCAUCCAGAGCCCGAGCGGGCCUGCCGCGCGUUGGCCUUGGGUUGCUUCUUGGGUGGAGCGGGGACGGGGCCGGAGGGAGGGGACGGGUGGGAGGGACUCUCGGACGGCUGCUGCUCUGAUGCCGCUGCUGCGGCGAGUGGCGACGGGUUGAUGCUGCUGGUGAGGUCGACGGCUUGCUGGUGCUGCUUCUGCAUCGAUGAGAAAGUACUGGACUGAAUAGGUGUAGAAGAGAGCUGAUCCUGAAAAUCACACACACACACACACACGCACACACAAACAAACAGAGAGAGAGAGAGACCACUCAGGCAUCCUCGUGUGCACUUCUGCCUUCGUGUCUGUCUGUAUGUACCGGUGUGGUGUCGACAAUGGCAUCUGAAUCAUCUGUAGGCCCAUGGCCGUGCUCGGCCCCUUCCAUCAGCGCAGGGCAGCCUCCCUGCUGCUGCAUCGCCACGCCGCCCACAGCUGAUGUGCUGGCUGCUGGUGAGGGGGUGGAAGUGAGCUGCACAGACUGGGCACGAUGGCAUGGACUGCUGCAUUGGUGCUGAGUCUGCGGGUCGCUGUCAGCCUCUUGGUGGAGAGAUCCCACUGCUGGUUCGGCAGACGACGCACUAACUGGACGGCCGCCAUGGCUGCUCCCUGACGAUUCAUCGCCGCGCCGCUCACUCCCACCAGAUCCCUCCUCUGCUGACGUGCCUUCCAUAGGCACCUGUUGCUGCUGCUGUGCCUGUGGUUGCUCCUGUUGGUUCUCAGGGGUGCCGUCGGGGCUGCUGUCUGCCGUGCGGCCGCUGGCGGCCAGUCCUUCUGAAUCGGCAUCCAU